ACAAAUAGUUCCUUGUCCUCAAUACACAAAAAUAAUGGCCGACAAAACAUGAAAGAGAUAAAGUAUCUCUCACACAUUGAAACAAAACAGCACGUGGAGUGCAUCUUAUAAUAUGUGUUGUGCAAAUAAAAUAAACAAUUUUCAUCCCUAGGUAUGGGACCAAUACCUUUACUAUUCCUGAUCUUUGGAUUAGUGUCGCUUUCUCGAGGAAAUCCACAACUACUUUUGGCCAAUCGAAAAGAUAUCCGACUCAUUAACAUCACAUCGUCAGGCAAAGCGAAUGUGUCCGUCAUCCUCAAUCACCUUGAUGAUGCCCUGGGUGUGGACUUCCUGUACACCGAGGGAUAUGUGUUCUGGACAGACAUUAACCUGGAGAUGAUCAAACGCGCAGUCAUCAAUCGCACGCAGCCAACCAUCAAGGGCAUCAUCACGACAGGCCUCGUCUCACCGGACGGACUGGCCUGCGACUGGAUCGGGAAAAAACUCUACUGGACUGAUGCGGAGACCAAUCGUAUCGAAGUAAGCGACCUCGAUGGAAAUUAUCGUAAAGUCUUGUACUGGCAGAAUCUGGAUCAGCCACGAGCGAUUGCACUGGACCCCUACCAUGGCUUUAUAUUCUGGACAGAUUGGGGUGAAAAUCCUAAGAUUGAACGUGCUGGGAUGGAUGGUCAGCCAAAUUCAAGGGCAGUCAUUGUCGAUGAAAACAUCUACUGGCCAAACGGACUGACCAUUGACUAUGAAGAGUGGCGUAUUUACUGGGCAGAUGCCAAAUUGAACUAUAUCCACACCUGCACAUUUGAAGGUCGCGACCGAAGGGUUGUUGCUGUUAAAACUGGAGAUGAUGACCCCACUUUGCCCCACCCAUUUGCGAUAACGAUGCUUGGAAAUGACCUCUACUGGACUGACUGGUCUUCAAAGGCGAUCCAUACAUGUGAUAAAAAAACUGGCAUUGAAGGACGCAGGGUUUUAACGGAAAUCCAGUCCCCAAUGGACGUGAUUGUGUAUGAUGCUGCAAGACAAAAGCCAGGAAUCAACCCGUGUGGGUCCAACAAUGGAGGCUGUUCACACCUGUGCCUGCUGUCACCAGUUCCGCUGAGCGCCCUCCAGGCUGGUCACCAGUGCGCAUGUCCUACAGGGGUACGACUCCUGGAGGAUGGCAAGACUUGUGCUGAUGGUGCCCAGCAGAUGUUGCUAUUGGCCCGACGUACGGACAUUCGUGUGAUCUCGCUGGACAUGCCAGACUUCACAGACAUCGUCCUGCAGUUGGAUAACAUCAAGCAUUCCAUCGCCAUUGAUUUUGACCCCGUUGAGGGAUACGUCUAUUGGACUGAUGAUGAAGUUAGGGCCAUACGGAGAGCAUAUCUUAAUGGCACAGGUCAGAUAACCUUGAUAGACACAGAGGUUGACCACCCGGACGGUAUUGCAGUGGACUGGAUUGGUCGCAACCUCUACUGGACAGACACGGGCACUGACCGCAUUGAGGUGGCGAGAUUGAACGGCACUUCUCGUAAAAUACUGAUCUCAGAUAACCUUGAUGAGCCCCGGGCCCUCUGUCUGGACCCGGAACAUGGGUACAUAUGGUGGACAGACUGGGGAAAAGAGCCCAAAAUUGAGCGAGCUUUCCUGGACGGCACCAACCGUUCAGUGAUAAUCAACACUGACCUCAGCUGGCCUAACGGCAUUGUAGUGGACUAUCGAGAGGACAAGAUCUACUGGUGCGAUGCCAAGCUUGACCUGAUUGAGGUCGCAAACAUGGACGGCAGCGGUCGCAGGGUGCUUGUCAGAGAUAAUCUACCUCAUCUGUUUGGAUUUAGUCUGUUAGAUGAAUACCUUUACUGGUCUGAGUGGCAGAGACGGUCAGUGGAGCGAGUCAACAAGAGGACGGGUGGCAACCGGACCCUCAUCAUUGACCAGCUCCCAGAUCUCAUGGGGCUCAAGGCCACCAAUGUAAGGCUGUAAAGGGUGAGUGGUACCAAUCCAUGUGGAGAGAACAACGGGUGGUGCAGCCAUCUGUGUCUGUACACACCCAAUGGGGCCCAGUGUGCAUGCCCAGGGGGGCUUGAACUCAUUAACAACGGCAAGAAAUGCAUAGCACCGGAUGCAUUCCUGCUGUUCACACGGGAGGAGGACAUAAAGAGGAUGUCUCUGUCCAUCUCUACAGCCCACCGCGUGACCAGCUUACCACUGAAAGACAUUGAAAAGGUGCUGUCCAUCGACUUCGAUAUCGGAGACAACCGGAUUUAUUGGACUGACGGUGAAUCUAUGUCAAUCAGCCGAGCAUUCAUGAACGGAAGCUCUAGUGAGAAAAUCAUAGACUUCGACAUCGCCGGUCCCGAGGGAAUGGCUGUAGACUGGCUUGCCCACAACAUCUAUUGGGCAGACUCAGAGUCCAACAGGAUUCAGGUGGCUAGACUCAAUGGCACCUCGAGACGUGUGCUCAUAUGGAAGGAUCUCAGUCACCCGAAGGCCAUUGCCCUGGAUCCACCAAAUGGGUACAUGUACUGGACAGACUGGGCGCAGCCGCCUCGUCUGGAGAGGGCGUGGCUGGACGGAAGCCACCGGGAGGUGAUCAUCAGUGACAUCGGGCGUGUGUAUGGUCUCACCAUCGACUACUCCCAGAGGCGCCUCUAUUGGGCAGACAUGGACAAGAAGACCAUCGAGUCCUCCGACAUGAAUGGCACCAACCGCACGAGGAUUCUCACGCUGGAGGUGCUAAACAAGCCGAUGGCACUAACACAGUACCAAGACUAUCUGUACUGGACGGACUGGGAGACACACACCAUUGAGAAGGCAAACAAGACGUCUGGGAGUAACAGGACAAUGGUGCUGGAGGACUUGGAUAAAGUUAUGGACCUUCUGGUGUUCCAUCAUUCCCGGCAGUCGGGCUGGAAUAAUUGUAUCAAGAACAAUGGCGGCUGCUCACACUUGUGUCUGGCAAUGCCAGACGCUGUAAACCUCACGAAACAAGUGUCCUGCGCCUGCCCUACCCACUACACGCUUGACAACAAGUCGUGUGUUCCGCCUCAAUCCUUCCUGCUCUUCAGUCGCAAGUCAGACAUCAGUCGUCUGCUGGUUUUGGAGGACGACUCGGAUGCAUCACCAGACGUGAUUUUGCCCCUGACGGACGUAAAUAAAAUACGUGCUAUAGACUAUGACCCAGUCAAGGAGCACAUCUACUGGAUUGGGGGCAAGUCCAAGUCCAUCAAACAUGCCAAAGUUGAUGGGUCAGAGGAUGGUGUGGUGUUGAACAAGAAAGACAGUGAUGGUAAUAUUCGACCGUUUGACCUUGCGAUUGACCCGUUUUCACGUGUUUUAUUUUACUCGUCGGCUGAGACGGAUUCCAUCACAUUUGUACACCUGGAACUGGAUGUGAGUGGUGUGGUUGUCCAGGGGCCUCACUACAAACCACGCUACCUGGCUGUUAACCCAUUUAAAGGGCACCUGUAUUGGACAAGUGAAAAGAGCCCUCCAACUAUUCAGCGAUCGCUAUUGGAUGGUACUGAAGUAAUUUCUUUGUUUCACUCGGACCUUUCAAAACCUGGUCCAAUAGCAGUGGACCCCAAUGAGGACUUGCUGUUCUGGGCUGAUCAGGAGGACAAUGUGAUAGAGUGCAGUGAUCUCUCUGGAGGAAACCGCAAGGUGCUCUUGAAUGGCAAAACUACCGAUAAGCUCCAAACAGUCACAGGUAUUGCUGUCUUUGAGCAGUAUUUGUAUUGGGUGGAUAAGGAUAAGAAGUUCAUAGGAAGAAUGGAUAAAAAGACUGGAUCCAAUGUGACCAUCAUUCUAGGAAGGGUGCCCAAUCUGACUGACAUACAUGCAGCGAUGCAAAUUGACCCAGAAUUUCUGAAAGCACAUCCAUGUGCAAGAAAUAAUGGUAAUUGUUCGUAUAUAUGCAUCGCUAAGAGCUCUCAAAGUGCGCAGUGUUCCUGCCCGAAUGACUUGGUUCUGGUCGAUGAACGGUCCUGUGCAGAGAAAACGACAUGCAAAGCAAGUGAGUUCACUUGUACUACAAAAUCAGCUGAGUGCGUGCCUAAUAACUGGGUGUGUGAUGGCACUGCUGAUUGUACUGAUAAGUCCGAUGAAAAAGAUUGCCCGGUGUGCGAACCCAAUUUUUUUCUGUGUAAUGACAAGAAGUGUAUCCCUGAAGUUCAGGUCUGUGAUGGAAUACCACAUUGUGCUGACCGUGGGGACGAGGCGGGAUGCUGUAAAAAAGAGUCAGAAACUAAGUGUGCUGAUGGUAACAAGUGUUACGAGCGUGUGGGCCGCUGUGACGGUAAGCAAGAUUGUGAAGAUAACUCUGACGAGAGUGGAUGUGAUAACCAGACAUCAAGUGCAGAUACAAAGUCAGUUUCGCCUUACGUCAUUGUGGCUGUCGUGGUGGGAGUGUUUGCAAUCAUAGUUGUUGGUGUGUUAGUGUUUGCAUGUCGGAGAAAGUCGCCCGAGUUUCCGUAUGAAAUGCAUGAAAAGAUUGUGUUAAAACCUAUUCAUAGUAGUGAAGCACCGAAUAGUUCAGUCAAACCAAAGCGCAGCAAGAAACAUGAACGAAAAGCAUUAAUAUCUGCAACUUUAUCAUUAGGUUCUGAAACUGUGUAUGACCGUAAUCACGUCACAGGAGCCUCCUCAAGUAGUUCAGCCGUGACUCAGUACCCCAAAGAAACACUUAACCCACCUCCUAGCCCUGUAACAGACAGGUCCGUUUGUGUUGGCGAAUACUCCGACUACAAAACAAACAGCUCAUCAGUUCAUUCAUACAAAAAACAUCGGCGGAGACAUGGCCAUGUGCCGCCCCCGCCCACCACCCCUUGCAGCACAGACGUCUGUGAAGACAGCGAGCCCUACUUUCGACAACAGAACAAAUUCUUCAACUUCUCAAUCCCAGAGAUGGCUUACGACUCUGACCCUUAUCCCCCACCCCCUACCCCCCACAGCAAUUAUUUCUCUGAUGAAUUGACAAGUUGCCCUGAUUCUCCUACGACGGAGCGUAGCUAUUUCAACCCUUACCCACCCCCUCCCUCCCCAGUUGCUACAUCAGACUGUUAGACAGUUAUUUGAUUGUAAUUACAUGUACUUUAUUUGCAUAUUUAUUAGGUGUGAUCUUAAAGUAAUGAAAUCUUAGAUGUUCAAGUGUACAGUUACAUGCAUACUUGGCGAGUUAGGAAUGCUAUAUAGUCACAUGUCUCUGAAUGUAUUUGCAAUGUUCUAUUUUAAUGGCAUGUAUAUAACAUUUAGUUAUAUUAGUUAUUUUGUCAUUUGUGCUAUCAGUUUCAUUGUUUUAUGACAAAACUUUAAGCCAAACCAUAAUGUGUAUCAAUAGUAAUAAACCUGUUACAUUAAAAGCACAUUAGUUAAAGGCCUCAUAUUAAAUUGAUGUUUUGCUGUGUGUGUUAGAGCUAUAACGAUUCACCCAUCAUUCGAUUCAAUUUGAUUUUGAUACCAAAUGGUCCGAUAAACUAUUUGCUGCUUAUUUUGCAAACUAUUUCCUGUUUGGUUUGUCCAGAGCAUGAAUUAAUAUGUUUGGUAUUUGUUAUUAACUUAUUGUAGUACAUUUAAAGUUUUUAAUUUUUUAAAUAAAAUAUAAAAACGCAACAUUGUUUUAUAAGACACAAAUGUAUUGAACAAUCUUCCUGUUGAGUUAUUCUUAAAUGAAAUAAAAUGCACAAUGUAUCACAAGUGUUUAACACAAAAAAAGAACAUGUAAGUAUAUAAUAAAAGGAAUAUUAAGCAAGGCAAUCGCAAACAGUUUAGUAAACACACCAUAUGGGUAACUUAGGUCAACAAAACACGUUUUGCAAGUUGCCUUUGCAUCAGAACCUUUGUGAAACCAGAAAUGUUCCCAUACUUUUGAUUUUAAUUUUGACGGUGCGUCUUUCGGUGUGGUUGAAGAAGCCAUUUUACCGGCUGAUAUAAUGCUCAGCAUGUUAUUAAUUCAUUCAUUUGAUGCCAUAUUGGCUAUUGACGAAUCACAAGACGUAUUACAAAUGACAAAUACGUUUAGACAAGUGAUUUGGAAAGUAGCGUUUAAAAUGCGGAUCAAUCGGGAACGCAUCGAACGGAAUCGAAAUUGGCCGUAUUGGUAUCGAAAUCGAAUCGACGGCGUUGAACCGUUUUUUCGAUGCAUCAAACCAAAUCGUUACAGCUCUAGUGUAUGUAUUCAUACAUUUAAUAUAUUAUAUUUCAUAUUGGUAAAUUCUGACUUCAAAGUAGGAAAACCAAAUCUGAUGUUGACAUGAGUAAUGAUAAGUAAGUCUUUUAUGCACACCAUGUGUUCAGUGGCUUAUUGAGUUGCUUGAGUUGCUUGUAGAUAAGAACCUUAUUACAUGUUAGACUGUUAAUGAUCCAUUUUCUUGUUUUCAAAUCAAUUGAUUAUUAAUGAUUUAUUAUCUUAAUGUUGUUGUUUUUUAACAUUAAGUUAACUGGUUGUGUAAUUUUAUUUUUACAGUCAAUUUAAAAUUCAAACUUAACAUAAGGAAAUUAAGAGUUUUCCCAGCCUCUCAAACUUCAAUUUUUUUAUUGUUUACAACAUCAGAAAUAUUAAGUUUUACAUAUAAGCCAGUGUAAGGGGAAAUAGGGCUUCAUGCAUCAGGGUAAACUAUCAUCCCAGGUUAGCAUGUGCACACAGAACAGGCUUAUUUGGGACAACCUUUUCCAUAUAGGCUCGAUUUUUGUUUAGUAGAGACUAUUCUUUUAAACACAAAAACAUAAACAUGGACAGUGUUAUUCUGAUUAGCAUGUGCAGACUGCGCCUGGGUCGAUACUUUACAUGUGCAGACUGCGCCUGGGUCGAUACUUUACAUGUGCAGACUGCGCCUGGGUCGAUACUUUACGAGCAUGCAUUGAGAAUGUUUUCCCAGACCAUUGCCCAUAUUUUAUUACAUUAUUAUCAAACUGUUUUUUUAAAAUGCCAGUAUUUAUGAUAGUGUCACAUUUUAAUGUACCCUGCAGCCUUAUUUUCAGUGUAAAUAUUAUGUUUUAAAUUCAUUAACAUUUGUACACAUUCAUAGCAUAGACUUAUAAUGCAUCAACUAGGGCAAAGAUUUUUUUGUUUUGUUAGUACAUAUGCACAUGCUAAUGACGUUAAAGGUUAAUAUUCAUUGUUUUACUUGUAUGAAGUUUUUUCGUUAUUACAGUAUUCACUCAACCUGGUAUGUUUUUGGACAUUUCUGUUUUGGAGAACAUUUUCAUAAGUGGAUAUAAGUGUUCUUAUUUUUCCAUGUUAUGUUUUAACUUCAAGGAACUUUUAGAAAAGGAACAAUUUUUUUGUAUAAAUUUUUGCAGAGAUAUGCUAUUUUAUUUGAAUUGUGGUUACGCCUUAAAACAGUUAUCAUUUAUUGGGUUGUUUAAUAAAGCAAUUUAUUUUCAAAAAGUAUUCGUUGAACCAUUGAUGUCUAUUAGCAAGUUAUAAUAGGCUUCUAUAUAAAGUGACCUGUCAUGCCUGUAAUUUAACUUAUCACCAUUCUCCAAAGUAUUAUCCAAAGACAUAUUCUGAAAUUUUGGACAAAAAAGUCGGUAAUGCAAAAAAGAAGAUUGAAUAGAUAUGUGCUUCGCUCUGAGAAAACAGGGCAUAAUGCAUGUGCGUAAAGUGUUGUCCCAGAUAAGCCUGUGCAGUCUGCAAGGCUAAUUAGGGAUGACCCUAUCUGAUUUAUUGGAUUUUGUUAAGAAGAAACGAAAAAAUUCCAUAAAAGCAGGAAGUGUCUUCCCUGAUUAGCCUGUGCGGACCGCUGAGGCUAAUCUGGGGCGACACUCUACAGGCAUGCAUUAAAUCCCAGAGUGCUGCUAAAUAUGUAAUUGGUUUUUCAUUGUUAUUUCAAGUCUGGGAAGUAGGGGGAGGUACUGGUUAAAAUAGGCAUACUAAGUAUUAGAUUCUACAAGAAUUCUAUUAAGAUUAUUACAUAACAUUCAGCAAUAUACAACAAACUCAAACCUAGCAUUAUAUGGGUCUGAAAAGUAACGAGUUGACUCUGAAAUUGGGAGUCAGUUUGUAUGUGGCAAUUUUCAUUUUGAAUUUUAAAUACUUUUUAGAAAAUGAUUAUGUUUUUAAGACAGUUUUAUAACAUACUAAGUAUAAAUUUUAAGUAGGCUUAUAGUUUUUAAUUAGUGUUUUCUUAAAUUUUUAGCCAGUUUGUAAAUAGAGAGCACCGCAAAAUUGUGCUUAUUUUGUUUUUUUGACUACCUCAAACUGUAGUGUGUGACUUUAGCUUUGGAGAUUUAGUAUGAACAUGUAGCAAUUGUAAAGCAAUUGUUAUGGAUAAUCAAUGGGAAUAACACAUUUUGUAGUUGCCAGAAAAAAUAUCAAAUAGAUUUUAACGCUUUCCCCCAUAAGAAGCGAAGUGAAAAUGGCUUUUGCAACCAGCAUAAAACCAGAAUAGCCUGCGAGCAACUCGCAUUCUGUUCAGGUUUUAUGCUGUUUGCUGCUCAUCAGUAUCUAAGGGUUGGAGAUGAAGCCUUAAAAACCUGAAUCUAGUAAGAAAGGUCUUCAAUUAAAUUUAACUUUCCAAGGGACUACACAUGCGUAAAAAUAUGUAUCUAAGUGGUACAGGGUUAAGCAAAAAAAUGAAUAGCGGGUGGUGAGAUGAGUUUUGUGUGUCAACCCACAUAUUUGAAAAACGUGUUAUACAAAUGUAACAGGGUGUUUGUUAUAAGAGUUGCAAAUAGCACAGUGUUACUGUUGUGACAAGUAGACCACCAGGUCACUACAUAGGACAUAGAUCAUUGCUUCUUAUGAUUUCAUAAAAAAUAUUCUUCUAUUGAGUAUUGGUUUAUGAAAAACAUGUAUGUUGUUGUGAUAUGAUGUUUUUUAUUUAAAGGUUUUGUGCAAAUUAAAAUGUAUGUUGUUAUUGUAGAAAUGAGCCUCCCUCUUAGAAAACAGUUCUUAACCCUUUGCAUGCUGGGAAAUUUGUCGUCUGCUAAAAUGUCGUCUGCUGAAUUUCUAAAAUAAGCAUUUUCUUCGAUUUUUUUCAAAAAAUACUAUCAGAAUAGCAAACAGUUUGGAUCCUGAUGAGUCGCAACGUUCUGUGGCGUCUCAUCUGGAUCCAAACUGUUUGCAAAGGCCUUUAAAAUUCGGUUCCAGCACUGAAAGGGUUAUUGCAGGCCACUCAGGCUAAUCAGGGACAACACUUUCUGUAGGAACUUUUAUUAACUAAGAAAGAUUCCUUUUAAAGAAAAAUAUCAUAUAAGUAGAAAAAGUAUCGUCCCUGCACAGGCAUAUCUUGGAUGAAACUUUACCCUUUCCCACUUAGAAGCAAAGUGAAAAUGGCUAUGUGCAAACAGCAUAAAACCAGAACAGCCUGGGAGUAACUGGGAGUCUGUUCAGGUUUUAUGCUGGUUGCUGCUUGUCAGUAUCUUAGUGUUGGAAAUGAAGCCUUUAAAACUUUAAUCUAGUAAGAAUGGUCUUUAAUUAAAUGUAACUUUAUUAGGGACUACAAAUGCAUCAAAAUACGUAUCUAAGUGGUAAAGGGUUAAAAGAAAAAUAUUAUUAAAGUGGAAAGUGUCGUCCCUGCACCGGCAUAUCUGGGAUAAAACUUAACACACCUGCAUUAACCAUUACAGUGCUGGAACCGAAUUUUGAGGUCUUUGCAAACAGUUUGGAUCCAGAUGAGACGCCACAGAACGUGGCGUCUCAUCUGGAUCCAAACUGUUUGCUAUUUAUAUAGUAUUCUUUGAAAAAAAAUCGAAGAAAAUGCUAAUUUUAGAAAUUCAGCAGACGACAUUUUAGCAGAUGACAAAUUACCCAGCAUGCAAAGGGUUAAGCCAUGCUUUCCCAAAGUGGGGCUUCAUGGAUUAAUUAUGUUAUCAAAUGUCAACGAAAUGCCUUCUUUUUGAAAAAACUCUAUUUUGCUUGAAUAAGAAAGGACAAUGUUCAAUUGAUGCAUCUGUAAGCAAUAGGAAGGCAUAUCAUGCACACAGGUUGUUUUAUUAUUUCAAAGUUUGUUAUAUGAUAAACACUUAUUUAUAUCUUUAAGAGACUUAGUUUAUCCCGUGAAAGGGGCAGGUGUGUAUGACAACUGAUAUAUGCCCCAAAGCAUAAAUAUUGUGUUACUGAUCUCUGUAUAGUAUGAGGAUAAAUAUAAACUUGUUAUAAUCAGGUUUUACGCCAUGAUAUAAAUUGAGAAAUAUAAGCACAACCCUUUGAGGGAGAGGUAUAAUAUGUUGUUAAGAAUGUAUUGGAAUUUUAUAUUCUGUUGGCUAGUAUGUUCAUAUUCUUUUAUAUUUAGAAUGAGUGAUGAAAAAAGUGUGCUCUCACAAUUUAAUGAUAUUUUAUAUUUGUUUUGAACAAACUGCAUGCCUUUCAUGUACAUGUACAUAUGUCAUUGAAAAUGUUAUUUUAUCAUCGUUUAGCAUUGAUAGAUUAUUUUACAGAUAAUGUUAAGUGGUUCCAUUGAAUUGUUUGUAUUUAAAAUAUUGCUUACUAUAUAUUUUGCAUUGUAUUCAAUGUAAUUAAAUAAAAAAAUAUGCAAACAGAUUGAUGUAUUUUCAGAAAACAAAAAUGAAGUAGAAAUGAAAGUAUUUAAUAAUUUUUAAAAUAUUUUUUCUUUACAAAAAUUUGAAAGUUUAGAACCAAAAGAAAUUUUCUUUAAGAUUUCUAUUCCAAUUUGUUGCAACAAACAUUUCCUCAGAUACAUUAUUCAUAAUUUUCUUAAAUUCUUGGCAAAUGUACAAUUUUAACUGUUAACCCAUUUAUGCCUAGCACCUGGAAAAAAGGCCUUGGCAAACCGCGUAGACCCAGAUGAGACGCCACAUGAUGUGGCGUCUCAUCAGGGUCUGCGCUGUUUGCUUAAAGGAAUUUCAGUAAGAAAUAUUCAAAAUAUAGAAAUAAGUAUACUAGACAUCCAUAAUUUUGGAAAAAACUUGAUCCAAUGUAGAAGGAUGGGAGAGUCCACUAGGCUUAAAUGGGUUAAUUAAUGUACUGAUCUGGCUCUGUGCUAUACAUUUUGUCAAUUUAAAGGUGUCCUGAUUUUAAGAUUCAAGUUGCUUGACUAGAUGCCUGUAAUCUGUCAGCUGGUGCAGAUUAUUAACUCCAGUGUAUUUCAAUUGUGAUGUUUCCUUUUAUUCAUGUAGAUAUAACAUAGCAUUUUUGAAAAUGUUUAUCUUGUAAGUGCUAAUUAUAUUACUGAUAUAUGUAUGACACAUUUUUGAAUCUAUUAAAAGCAUCAGAAUGAUGCUGAAAUUA